UGUUAAAAAUAAACAGAAGUCCUCCGCUGCCACACAGCCUCAAGCAUUCUGCUUUCAUACUGUAUGUGAAAUGGGAGCAGUGGCUGUUGUGAGAGCAAGUGCAGCAGCGUACAUGCACAAUACAAAUAGCAACAGGACAUUAAAGGGAGAUGGGAAUUAUCCAUACAGCUGAUAUGCACAAAGGCCACACUUACUUUUAAAAAGAUGUCAAGUGGUGGUGGGGAGGUCAGGAAUUCUGAUUUAAAAACAAACAAAAAAUUUAAUUCCUGUUCAUAUUCCUCAGUUCAAACAAAUUAGAUCAUUCUAAAAAGUGAUCCUGGUUCUGAAUCCUCCAGCAGUAAUAAUUGGUGCACCGAAAUACUAUUGGAACAUGUACAAACCCAACAGCACAGGAGAAGGGAUACACCCUUGAUUCCUGGAAACUGCAAAUUAUUUAUUCUGAUUAACAUUUCAGUUACCGUAACCUUUAGAAUGGCAGUUGGCAGUUGGUGAGCCAAUAGCAGAAGUCUUGCAUAUGCAUGUUCAAAAGCUAAGCUACUUCAUCUACUUUCCCCCUCUUUCCUCCUUUCUCUACUUUGCACAACACAGCAGUCUCUCAUUCUGGCAAGAUGUUCAAAAUCAGGACAUUGGUGCAAAAGUUCUGGAUUCUCUUUGAAGUGUGCUUCUUUACGGCUAUUGGUAAAAUCUGCUUGAUCUUAUUCCCAGCUACCGCAAAGAGAUAUAUUUUGAAGCAAGGGGGAAAGAGCAGCAUGGCAAGAAACCCCAAUUUCGACUAUGAAAACUGGGGUCCAACUUUCUUCAGUUUCCAGUACUUACUCUUCGUCUUGAAAGUCAGAUGGCAAAGGCUAGAAGACGAAGUGUCUCAAGGCUGCCCUGCACCCAACACCCCUCUAGUAGAUUUUAGAGGGGAAAUACGUCACAUACGGGACUUCAUGCAUGAAACGAGGCCUUUGGUCUUGGCAUUUGGAAGCUGUACCUGACCUUCAUUUAUGUUCAAAUUUGGCAAAUUCAAGAAGCUCAUCGAAGACUUCAGAUUUGCAGCAGAUUUCCUUAUAAUCUACAUUGAAGAAGCUCAUGCCUCAGAUGGAUGGGCUUUUAAGAACAAUAUUGCCAUUAAAAGUCAUCAAACCCUCCAAGAUCGUAUCCAGGCUGCACAGAUCCUACUGAAAGAGAAUCCCUCGUGUCCAGUGGUUGUAGACACAAUGGAGAACCUAAGCAGUUCCAAGUAUGCAGCUCUACCAGAAAGGCUUUAUGUCCUUCAAAAAGGAAAUAUUAUCUACAAGGGUGGAGUGGGACCCUGGAAUUAUCACCCAGAAGAAGUACGUGAAGUCUUGGAAAAACUGCUUUAGAACUAUAAAACAGGCCUAAUAACAAUCUCAUAUGUGAACAAUACAGUAACAUCAUAGUCUGUUGAUUAAAGGUUACAUACAACCCAUGAAGUCAUCCCACUAGUGCAUGGACAUCUGCCUUGCAGCUGCUUCCUCUGCUAGAACGGACUAUUUCUUCAGGAGAUCAGAUUAUCUUUCUCAGUCAAAACAGAGCAGUGGUAUGGGUAGCAUGUCUAACGUUUGUAAUGUUUAUUCGAGGAGGUUAUAGAAAAUUUCUGAGAUAUUGUAAUGGUUUGUUAGUCUUGUUUCUAUUAAUAUUUGUUUAUGAUGGUCAUAGCUUAAAACAAGGGGCUGUGACUUGAUUUACAAAAAAAAAUAUUAAGAGAAACAAUAUACUAAAUUAUUAUGAUCCAUCUGUCUCAUACCAUCUUUACAGGCUUGUUGUUUUUAAGUGUCAUCGUUUGAUAUUGUGGUUGUCAAAAGGAGCAAAGGAGAAACACCAACUACAGAAUGCUGGAUGGUGGUGGUUGCAUUGGUGAAAGACGGAGGCUUAUUCCAUAACAGAUCACUUUAAGUUCUCUGUUUUCUAAUGCUGUAUUGGAUAGAUAAUAUGCAGGAGAGAUUUUGAUGCCAGAAGAUUCCUGAAUAUUCAUCCAACUCAGACCAUUGCUAGAACAAAUGCCUUGGAAGGAAUACUGUAAUUUUAGGUGGAUCUGUCCAGCUAGCAAUGUUAGUGUACUAGUUAGUUGCUAGUGUGCAAUUAUAGCACACUAUUUGUUGGUGGUGGUGGGACACGGGUGGCACUGUGGGUUAAACCACAGAGCCUAGGACUUGCCGAUCAUAAGGUCAGCGGU